AUGAAUAACUCGUCAACUACUCAUGAUCAAGAAGUUGACCAGCCAAAACUAGAAAAUGGAGUUGGCAGAUCUUAUGAGUGUGUAUUCUGCAAAAGAGGUUUCAACACAGCCCAAGCUUUAGGUGGCCAUAUGAAUAUUCAUAGAAAAGACAGAAUUAGACAUAGACCAAUUAGUCAGAGUUCGAUCAUCAACUCCAACAAUAAGUAUGAUCAAAUCCAGAACCAUGUUGGAGCGGCAGCUCAUUUAAGUUUCCGGACAUAUUUUCCUGCCCAUUCUUCUACAUCCACUACUGGUCCAGUCUUGGUACACGAUUAUAAUACUGGAUUGCAAGAUAAUAACAAUAAUCGGCAGUGCCUGAAUUUGUUCGGAGAUGAUUGGCGUGUGAGUUUAAGCUUGGAAUUUGGUGCAGCUGGGCAUGUAAGAGAAACUAUGGAAAAGAAUAAGGGUACAGAAGAUCAUGAUCUGGAUUUGGAGCUUCGAUUAGGUCAUGAUCCUUAA